AUGGGUGAUUCCGAACUUGAUGCCAUUCGUGCUAAACGUUUAGCAGAACUACAACAACAACAAUCGGGUAGAAAUGCGAAUAAUCAAAACGCUGCAGAAGAGCAACGUCAACAGCAAGAAGAUAUGCGCAAUGCCAUGUUAAGUUCGUUGUUAACACAAGAAGCACGUGCACGUUUGAAUACUAUCGCAUUGACGAAACCAGAAAAAGGACGAAUGGUUGAAGAUAUUCUUAUCCAGAAUGCUCGUCGCGGUGCAUUUGGUAACGGAAAAGUGAGCGAAGACCAACUCAUAGGUCUCUUGGAACAAGUGAGCAAAGCGACUGAAAAAACGACAAAAGUCAAUUUCGACCGACGACGUGCUGCAUUGGAUUCCGAUUCGGAUUAA